GGUCGGAAGGGGAGUGGGAGGGCGUCGUGCGAGUGUUAUUUAGCUCGCGAUCGUCUCGAGAUGUCUCGCGAUCUAAGAAUUACUUUUACGACUGCUAUAAAUUUCAUCAAGCUGUUAGAUGGAAAUUUUUUCUUACAGAUCAAAUUGUUCAGGUUGAGUCGAAGAAGCCUUUUCAUUUGUCCAUCUUUUCAUAUUUAUCUUGAUGAAGCUUCAGGAAGAAUUCAUGGCAGAGGUUGGAAAGGAGAAAAGGACUGGAGCCCAUGAAGCAGCAGGAAACAGGCGAACACCAGGACGUCUGCCGGGACCACCACUGUCUGAGGAAGAAGAGAAGAUGAAGAGGGAGGAGCAAAAUAGAAAGGAUAGAAAGUAUCGGGCCAAAAUGACGGGCAACAACAAUAGUAAGAAUCAACUAUCAGAAAAUUCUAUCACUGUUGACCGCAGAAGCAAAAGGUUUGCUUCACCAGCUGGAAGAACUGAAGACAUAUUACCACUACUGAAGAAGUUGGCAUUACCAGAGUUUGAUUAUCUCCCUACAAAUGAAGAAAUCAUAUUAACGGAUUUAGUAGACUUUUUGAUCGCCACAACCAAACCACCAAUGAAAAUGGUUAAGAAAAAUAUGAGCACUCCUGUGAAGGAUGAGUGGAAAUGGGAAGAUAUUAUUGCAGAAGAGUACAACGUGGAUGUUAGCUUCAUUUGGAAAGAAGAUGAGGAUAAGAACAUUGAUAUUGAUUAUUGAAUCCACAAGAAACAUAUUGAAGAACUAUCUAUUGAACCAGAUAAUUAAUAUGAGAGUCCAAU